AUGGUCUCCGUAACGUGGGGAAUCGCCCUAGCUCUCUACACGCAACUCGUCAGCGCCGGUGACCCGCUCGCCACUGUCUCCUGGCGUACGGGCAACGACAAGGUCGACGCCAUCAUCGAGGCCCUGACGGCUGAGGAGAAGGUCAGCCUCGUUCACGGCACCGUCGACUCGGAAGGCAACCAGCAGCAGGCCGGCUACAGCGUUGCCAUCCCGUCCCAAGGCAUCCCGGAAUUUCGACUCGCCGACGGUGAAGCUGGCAUCAACAUCGUGCAGAACGCCACGGGCUCGCCCGCGCAGUUGAACGUUGCUGCUACUUGGUCCCUCAACGCAGCGUACCAGCACGGAGUAAUCACGGGCAAAGAGGCCAAGCUGUUCAACAUGGCGGUGGCCCUGUCGCCGCGCGUGAACAUCCUGCGCGACCCCGUGACAGGAAACUUCUGGCAGUCAUACAGCGAGGACCCAUACCUGAAUGCUCGUCUUGGCAUCCAGGGUGUCAAGGGUCUGCAAGAUCAGGGCUCCAUGGCGAACGCCAAGCAGAUCGGCCCGUCGUCCACCGGUGCAAGUGCUGGUGAUACCAACAGUAUUGUGGACUUCCAGACGCUACAGGAGCUGUACUGGGUUGCUCCAGGUACUCUUCUACAGGAGGGCAAUGCUGCCACUCUCAUGUGCUCGUACGCACAGAUCAAUGGCAUUCCAGCCUGCCAGUACGAGCCGCUGUUCAACACCGUGCGCGACGACUACAACAGCUCCGCCAUCGUGAUGAGUGACUGGGGCGCCACACACUCGACGGCCGAGAGUCUCGUCGCCGGCAUGGACCUGGAGAUGCCGACGGGUUCGUACUACGACGCACUGUACGACUACAUCUACGUCUCAAAGAAUUUGAGCGAGUCGUAUCUGAAUCGCGCUGUCGGUCACAUCCUGGCCAAGUACGACGAGUUCGGUCUGCUAGGCACGACCACCGAAGGUUCAUCACCGUUGCCGCAAGAUGUGGUGGAGGACCACGCCAAAAUCUCGUACGACAUUGCCGUCAAGUCGGGCGUCCUGCUCAAGAACGACAACAACACACUGCCCAUUAAGUCGGGCUCGUCCAUCGCGGUGAUCGGCCCCAAUGGCGUGCAGUACACGCACGGUACGAACUUCGCGGAGCGUGCGUACGGCUUCCCAGACCGCCAAGUCUCAACGCUUGAAGCGUUAAAGUCUCGACUGGGCGAGGACGUCGCGAACGCCGUCGGCGUGGACCAGGAAGGAACGAUCAUCCCGUCGACGCACCUACGCAACCUGCAGGGUAACCCGGGUCUGAGCCGCAAUGACAGCCUGGGCGGCAGCUCGAACGACGAGAUUGUGUACUUCACCGGCACGUCUGCUCUGCCGAAGAACGCGUCGUAUACGUGGCAAGGACAAGUGUACGCGGAAACGGACGGGUACUACACAUUCUCGUUCGCGCGUGCGAUCCCCAGCUGGGAGAACCACACCAACCCAGACUACGGUUCCACCUGGUCAAUCGGCACUUUCAGUAUUACCGGAUCUGAGGUUGGCGAAGGCUAUCGGCUAUUCGGCGAUGGUGGUGUCAAGCCCUGGAGUAACUCGAUCGCUACACGUGACAACUGGGAUAAUAUCAAGUCGUACGUGUACCUGGAGGAAGGCUGGCACGACAUGGAAGCGUACAUCGUGGGUCUGCUCGAUGAGCCGACGUCUGUGCGCUUGACCUGGGUGACCCCCGCUCAACGUUCUGCCAACAUCCAGCUCGCCGUCGACAUCGCUCAGGAGGUGGACACGCCCAUCGUGUUCGCGUUCGCCAACAGCCCCGCCCAGACGGGUCUCACCUUGGACGACGGCCUGGACGAGUUGGUGACGAAGGUGGCUGCCGCGAACCCGAACACCGUGGUGGUGCUCAACAACGCAGAGCCUGUGCUGAUGCCGUGGCUAGACGACGUGGCUGCUGUGCUGGAGAUGCUGUACCCGAACCAGGAGGGCGGUUGGGCCACGGCAGAUCUGCUACUGGGCAACAACGUGCCGCAGGGCCGCCUGCCGGUGACGUACCCAGCGAGUCUGGACUCAACGAUGACCCGCAACCCGGACUACCCGGAGCGUGUUGCCACCGAGAGCGGCAACGCAACGUUCAGUGAAGGUUUGAACGCUGGCUACCGCUGGUAUGUGCACACGAACACGAGCGUGCUGUUCCCGUUCGGAUAUGGUCUGAGCUAUACGUCGUUCGAGUACAGCAACCCGAACUUCGCGGCGUCCAGCUCGACACAACAAAGCAGCAGCGGUCUUAACUACGAGGUGUCGUGCAGCCCGGAUGACGCUGACGCCGUCUUCAGCGUGUCGUUCACGGUGACGAAUACUGGCAGCGUGAAGGGUGUGGAGGUGCCGCAGGUGUACAUUGGCCCACCGGCAGACGCUGCAACGGCGUACCCGGAUGUGCAGUUUGCUGCGACGGCUCUGGUUGGCUUCGCGAACGUGGAGCUGGAGGCCGGCGCGAGCACGACUGUGACCAUCGGUGUCCGCGAGAAGCAGCUGAGCUUCUACAACGUGAACACCACGAGCUGGGAGGCUGCGAAGGGCGAGCGUCCCUUGUGCAUCAGCAAGAACGCGGAGGAGGCGGUGUUCAGCGGCAAGGUGCAGCUGUAAG